UUGUCCUCCUACCGAAAAGUGGGGGCCCUGGAGGCAGCAUGCGUCCUGGCUGGGGUGUCCUUCUGCUCCUGCUGACCCUCCAAGCUGCGCCCUGCGUCCUUGGCAGCCUUCAAACCCAGGACAUGGACUCUUCAGGCUGGGGGUGCCCCAACCCUGACUGCUACACGGAUUACCUCCAGACGGUCACCUGCCUCCUGGAAACGGGUCCCACCCGCCCAGGCAUGCUCACGCUCACCUGGGAAGACCCGGAUGGAGAACUGGAGGAUGAGGUCACCUCCUGCCACCUCCGGGGCACCGCCUACAAUGCCACGCACACCCAGUACAUGUGCCACAUGGACGUGUUCCGCUUCAUGCCCGACGACUUCUUCAGCGUCACUGCGACGGGCCCCUGGGACUCGUGCAAGAGGGACAGCUUCAUGCUGGCCGAGAGAAUCCAGCCUCCCGCCCCUGUCAACGUGAGCGUGGCCUUCUCCGGCAGCUACAACGUGUCCUGGAGCUGCACCUACGACUCGGCGCCCGGGCCCACCCCGCUCAGGGACCGGCUGCAGUUUGAGCUGCUGUACUGCAUCCAGGGGAACCUGGGGGAGCCCAGGAGGAAGCUGGUGUCCGUGAGCGCCAGGAGCGUCUCCCUCCUGCCCCUGGAGUUCCGCCCAGGCGCCAGCUACGUGCUGUGGGUGCGGGCAGGGCCCCUGCCCGGCUCGUUGUUUGCCGGGACCUGGAGCGAGUGGAGCGAGCCUGCCACCUUCCACACCCCGCCCGCAGGGGCGUCCGGCCUGCAGGGGGAUUUGCGCAUGUGCCUGGUCCUACUCAUCCUCGUGCCCGUCCUGGUCUUCUUGGGCCUGAAGUUCUUCCAGCCAGGGAGGCUGACCAAGGCUGUGCCCAGCCCCGAGCACUUCUUUCUGUCCCUGUACAAGGCCCACGGCGGGGACUUCAAGAAGUGGGUGGGCACCCCCUUCACUGCGUCCAGCCUGGAGCUGGGCCCCUGGAGCCAGGGGACGCCGUCGUCGCGGCUGGAGCCCUGCAGCAGCGGCCCGGGGUCCGGCAAGGGCGCAGAGGCGGCGCAGCUGACCCCCGAGCCCCAGGAGACGGACGCGGCGCCCGCGGCCGCCCACAGCCCCGAGCGCGACCGGCCCUACGGCCUGGUGUCCAUCGACACGGUGACCGUGGUGGACGCCGAGGGGCCCUGGGCCUGCGCGUGCGCGGAGGACGGCUACCCCGCGCUGAGCCUGGACCCGGACCCCGCGGGCCGGCUGCGGCUGGACCCCACCGUGCUGGCCUGCGGCUGCGUGUCGGACGAGCCCCCCGCCCGGCCCGGGGACGCGCUGGACAGCCUCCUGGGAGCCGGGGCGGGCGGCGAGCCGGGCUCCCCGCCGGCCAGCCUGGACAUGGACACCUUCGACAGCGGCUUCGCGGGCUCCGACUGCGGCAGCCCCGUGGACGAGCCCCCGGCCGAGGGGGCCCCCCGCAGCUACCUGCGCCAGUGGGUGCUCCUGGGCCCCGCGGCCGGCGAGUGA